AGUGAACUCAGCAGAUAAUUAACAGUAGCCUCCCUUUCUUCCUUUUUGUUUUGGAUUGCUGACAUUACAUGUUCUUGUCGGAAAAUCUCUUUCAGAAACUACAAGAUAACAAUGAUGGGCGACCACGCAGGCGAGGGUGAAACAUUUCUUUUCACCUCGGAGUCUGUCGGGGAAGGACAUCCAGACAAGAUAUGCGAUCAAGUUAGUGAUGCUAUCUUGGAUGCUCACCUACGGUUGGAUCCAUUCUCACAUGUUUCCUGCCAAACUGCGGCAAAAACUGGGAUGAUUCUUGUGUGUGGUGACAUCAUCUCAAAAGCACAUGUAAACUAUCAAAAGAUCAUCAGGAACACUAUCAAGCAAAUAGGUUACGAUCAAUCUGCCAAAGGAUUUGAUUACAAGACAUGCAAUGUAAUACAAGCACUAGACCUUCAUAAUCCAGAUGAUGAAGAUAAUGAGUAUGAAUCUCAAGAAAACCUGGAGAAACCUGCACGAGAUUUGGGUCUAAUGUUUGGCUACGCUACUGAUGAAACAGAAGAGUGUAUGCCUCUGACCAUCAUGCUGUCUCACAAACUAAAUGCAAAAUUAGCAGAACUACGAAGAAAUGGACAACUUCCUUGGGCCCGACCAGACACCAAGACACAGGUAACAGUAGAAUACCGUGUGGACCGAGGAGCAACAGUGCCAAUCCGAGUGCACACUGUGGUGAUCUCUGCUCAGCACGAUGAAACUGUCACUCUGGAUCAGUUAAGAAGUGAUCUCAUGGAACAUGUUAUUCGCCCUGUCAUACCAGCUCAGUACCUCGAUCAAAACACUGUUUACCAUCUCCAGCCUUCCGGUCGAUUUAUUAUUGGUGGACCACAGGGUGAUGCAGGUCUGACCGGUCGGAAAAUUAUAGUGGACACCUAUGGGGGAUGGGGAGCUCAUGGUGUUGGUGCACUCUCAGGAAAAGAUCCAGCUCAGAUAGACCGCUGUGCUUCAUAUGCUGCACGCUGGGUCGCAAAGUCACUGGUGAAUGCUGGUCUUUGUCGCAGGGUUCUUGUUCAGGUAGCCUAUUCUAUGGGUGUGACUGAACCCUUGUCUGUGAUGGUCUUCAGCUAUGGCACAGCCCGAGUUUCUCAAGCUCGCCUUACAGAGAUCAUCAACAAAAACUUUGAUCUUCGACCUGGAAAGAUUGUUAGUGAACUGCAGUUAAGAAGUCCAAUUUAUCAGAAAACUGCUGUGUAUGGUCACUUUGGACGCCAAGAAUUCCCAUGGGAGGUACCUAAACGACUGGAAUUAUAAAAUCAAAAUUGUGUGUUUACUUCCCAUAGACAACCGAAUGUUUCACCUUUUCUUUUUGUUUUUGUGAAUGCAGAUGCUUUACAGCUGGUAUUAAAAAUAUUUUAAAGUAUGCCUUUGAAAAUGGCAAACUUUUGUAGUCAAAGGACAUAAAACAUAUGUAACACUGAAAAAUUGUUGCUUUGAAAGAGAGCCUUGAGACAAAAUCACAGUCAAAGAGGAAACAGCCCCAUCGAAGAAGCAGACUCAUAGAGCCCAGCGCUGUGCUACUGAAAAAAAAAGUACUUGUGAUCACAGAGAAACAUAAGUUGAGCUUUUUUUUUUUUUGGCAUAGAUUAUUGUUUUCAUUUUUAAUGUAUUUAUUUUCUUGCCUGUUAAUUUUACUCUUUUCAGGUGAAAUGAGCAUUACACCUUUCACUGAAUCUCAGAAUUAUUCAUAGCUUUGUUGCAUUUUUUAAUUGCAAUAUUAUUUAUAUUCAUUAUAAUUUCUCAUAACAAGAUGAACAGUUAUUUUCUGUUUUUGCUCUUUAUAGUUGCAGUAGCUGCAUUUCAGUGUUUCUUCCAUGUGUAAUUAGAACAACACAGACAAAAAACUUUUAAACAGCUAUGUUAUAUAGGGGAAUUAAAAGUUCCCAGUUAGAUUAUGCUUAUUAAUUGAUCACUUUAGACUUGGAGACGAAGUCAUUUGAGUGGCCUUGUUUUUUUUCUUUAAUUUAAUAUGGCAGAAGUACUUAAGCAUUUAUAAAGUCCAUCCAAAAACUACAUGGAUCUGAAUAUUAUUUUGAAUGUAAGAGAUAUGAAUACUUAUUCACUUCACCUCCUGAUCAGCUUCACUGGUAAUCACACAAUGGGCCAUUAAUUAUAGGCUGAAAGUUAAUCACACUUUGCUUGAUAUAAAUGCUGUCAUGUGUACAGUGGUCAUUUAUGAGGAGCGUGAUUUGAAAUCUUAUGCCCAUGUACACUGUUAUUGUUGCAAAAAUUGGGGAGGCUCACUUUACCAGAUUUUUAGUUCUCAAUCCCACUGUUACCAUGUGACAUUUACAUUUUUUAUGCUGUUUGCAUUUCUGUAUUUUUUCUUCAUUCUUGUUGAAGUUUCAAGGAGUCAUUGCUUUGUAGUCUUUCAAAUACUCUUAAUUAUUUGAUGAAACAAAACAUUAUUAUUUUUACCACUGUCCAUUCCUUAACUAUUCAGCAUGGAAUAGGCAGGCAUAUAUUAUCAGUGAGUUAAUGUAAACUGUGGUUUUCAGUGUUUGCCUUUAGUUUCAUCUUUGUCUCAUUUCCUCAGUCUUUGAUUCUUGCAAGGUGAUUUAGAACUGAGUGAUUUAAUAUUUUUGCUUGAGACAUUUUUUUUUCUUGACUUGCCACAAAUACAUAUGAUAAAAUGUGCCAUUUCAAGAACAAAAAAUAAAUAAAUUAUUUGUUAUUAAUAAUAUCCAUUAUGGGUACUAUUAUGGCUUAACUGGCCAUAAAUGUUUGUAUAUGAGGGAGAGCACAUAAAUUAAGUUUUUUUUUGUAAGCUUUUGUAAUAUCAUUUUGCUUUAGUGUAUUUCUGUAAGAAGUAUUUUUAGGUGCAUUUAAUUCUUUAGGUUCUUAAACAUACUUACAUAAAUACUUUGUUUACCUCGCAUGUGAUAAAGUCCAGUUUCUAAAUGUUAACAACAGAUUAAUAAAGAUUUGUUACAUAUGCAUUACUUCAUAAGGGUGAUCAGCUUAUCAUUGUUUUUUUAGCUGCGACCAUGUAACAAGCAGGCAAACAGAAUCUUGUCACUGCAUACUGUCCCAUUGGGUCUUUUGUAUGAUCCUUAGCAUGUGAUAACAGAAACUGAUAUUUAUUCAAUAUUUUAAACUCUGUCUACAGUGCAUAGUGUUUCACUUGUGUCAUGUAUCAUGUUUACUGUGGUUUGUUUUUAAUUUUAUGAGUAAUGCAGCAAUGUUAGUGCAUUUUAAUCUGAGUUUUAUUUAUGCAUAUUAACAUAUCAAAACAUCAGCUUAUGUUCAUUUCCUGCACUUUAAAUGACAAACCUUUUGUCAAAAAGUUAAUAAUUCAAUCAGGAUGGGUCGACACUGCAAAGAUAAAUAUUAACAUUCAGUGUGCACAACCUGACAUCCUGAAUAAGUUAAAGUUGUGUGUGUGUUCCACAUACAUGUUUGUAAGAGUGUGGGAAUUUAAUUCAUGUAUUUAUCAUUAUCACUGUUACAGAUUUCUUUUUCUGUUCUUACAGAGAACACAUUAAAGAAAAUAAAUGAUUGUGGAAAGAAUGCAAAGAAUGGGAAAAGAAUUACUACAUUUAUCCUGUGGCCACAUUUGUAGAUGAGUAGCUUUACUUGCUUUUUCCAAAAUUGUUCUAAAAUGAUAUAUACCAUUAUUUUCAAGACUAAGCGCUGAAUAUAUCUGUAAAAGAAAGUGACCAAUUUAACAUUCAGUCAUGUUUACUUUUUAGAACUAAAAAUAACCUCUAUUCAUAGCUCAUUAACAUAAAACAGUUCAUUGUCAGCCCCAUGCUAAUACAUGUAUGGCAGCAACAGAGAUGACAGCAAUGUCUGUAUAACAUUUGAGUAAUGUUUGUGCAUCAUGUGGCCAUGAAUAACUUUUGACAUUGUAACACUAUCACAUUAUGAUAAAGUAUGAAGUAUAUUAUGAUGACAUUUUCAGGUUGGUGCAUGGAUAAAUGAACAGAAAACCAAAAACAUUCCAUUGUUAAGCAAUGAAUUUCAUCUAAAUUCAUUGUGUGCUUUACCAAUUAAGUAUGUGUAAAGGAUGAAUGGACAUUGUACUUGUUCAAAUAACUGAGAGCAAAGUUGACCAAAUAAUUUAGAGCAAAAAUUCCUUCUUAAAGCAACUGUAUGCAUAUUUAAGUGAACAUCAAUCAUGAGAGUAAUUUUUUUUAGAUAGAUUACUAUAUCAAUACUACACUUGGAUUUUCUUCUGUGCGAAGAACAAUAAAUUAUUUUGAAUUAUUAUUGGGUCAACAAUCAUAGGCUCAAUGUCGGGUAUGAUUUUGUACAUCAACACUGAUGUGAGGUGUACUGGCAUUUCCUUCAAAUCUCUUAUCAGACAACAUUUUUUUCAUGAGUAGCAAGCACAAGAAAUACCACUUAAAAGUACUAAGCCAUAUCCAUUAAACACAUGCUACUGUGAGAAUUUAAUUGAGCACUUUGUGUAGCAUCACAACCAAAGCUGGUUGCGGUCUCUGCGCUGAUCAACAAUAAUAAAGUCCAGAGAAUGAGAUGAGCAGCUGAGUUCUGGACUUUUUGAAGCUUGUGAAUUAGGUGCUGUGGACAGCCAGCAAGAAGAGAGUUGCAGUAGUCUUUGGAUUGAUAGAACACAGCAAAUGAAGCUGAUCUUGCACAGUUUGUAGUAAGCAGCACAACAGAGGUUAGAUAUAUAAUUGUUGAGAGACUUAUCCACUGUCAUUAUGACUAUGAAGGGGGAGUAUCAGCAUUGCCAAUAUGAAUGGAGACAGGUACAGUCAGAAUGAAUUCUAGUACUCCUCUUUAUUUGGUUUGAGCUUAUUUUGGAUAUCCAUGACCUCAAAUUUGAAAUGCAAUGUGCAUCUAUGUGGAAGAACAACUGGUAUAUAACUAACAAUAAUCUGUGAAAGAUUUCUCACAAAUAGUGAGUUUAUAUUAGAGCAGAAAGUGGCAUGCUAUACAUGAUAAGAUAGGUCCAAAUACAGAACCUUGGGGACUGGUGCCGACAUUUAUCGGGACUGUGAGAAAGAUAUGAGUAAAACCAAUCUAGUGGGGUCCAUUGAUGUCAUAAAGAGUAUUAAGCCUAUGAAUGAGGGUGAUGAGAUCAAUUACGCCAGAAGCAGCAGAAAGAUAUAGCAUGGUAACGAAUGAGAUGUCACCUUUAUCCAGAAUACAUAUGGGAUAUUAGUGGUCGCUUUAAGCAGGGCAGUUUCAAUGCUGUGAAAAGGGCAAUGUGCAGACAGUAAUGAAGAAUGAUGUAAACUAAAACACAUCCUAGAUUUAUGUAUGUGCUUUUGUAUAUCAAUUGCAAUGGGUUAAAUUCUAAAUUAUCUGUUUUCAAAUGCUUCAAUAAUAGAUGUUUUUAUUGCUCAUGCAGAGAAGAGAACCCCCCCCCCCCAAAAAAAAAAAAUGUGCAAAACAUGUAAUUUUCAUUUUCACUGUUUUUUGUGCUGUUUUAUAGACUUUCAUCUGAACAUUGGUAUCUGAAGCUUUUUUGCUUUUAUUGACAGUGUUAUUUCAAAAUGGCUUCAGCAAAAAAGUUAAAAGGAAGCUAUUGUUGUACAACAAAAGAAACGUUUUGUUUUUCAUUUACUUUGUUUAAAUCCUUCUAAUGCUUAUUUUGUUGCACCUUUUACAAAAUUAAUUUGCAUGUAGUGUUCAAAUUGUGGUGAAUUAAUAAAAGAAAUAAUUGGUUCA